AUGGUCUGGGGAGGGCGGCAGGAACGCGUAAGACUCUCAAUGGUGACUGUACAAUGUGGUCUACCGGAACUAGAAAAGGAAGUUGAUGAAAAGAUAGACCAGUUCACUGCUUGGGUGGAGAAACACCCAAAUCGCAGAAGCCAGAUAUGCCUCUCCUUCUUCGACGAGAAACAGAGACACCCAGGUUGGUUUGUCAACAAAACAGAGCGCAUUUAUUGGGAGCAAUGGUUCAUCAAUUUGCAUGUCAUGAGCCCAAAAAGAUACAGCAAGUCAAACAGCUCCAAAGGGCUGACAAACAUCGGAGCGAAUGCUCUGGAGGAGACCAGCACAAGGCGUGCUGCAUUGGAGUCGUUGAUUAACGAAGUGCUAUUCCAGAUCAUAAACUUCGCCAAUGAGAAAAAGGACCACAUUCCUGCCAUCCCUGACAGAAUUUUCAAUCACGAGAUCAUGAUCCCAAGGUGA